AUAUGCCUAUUGCACAUGCGUGAAGCAUAAACCAUGCUAGGGCAAGACGCUACUUUACUUGUCCGAGUUCGUAAAUUUUCAAUAAAGGUGUUGACGGUUGUUAGGUGUGCUACGAAUUGUACUACAAUGGAAAUCAAACGAGGGGGCCUUACUCCAGAGAUCCUGAAAACAUUCCGCAAAAAUUUUCUAGCUGAUCCUAAAAAUAUUCUGGCCUCUAAUGCCUGUUUGAAGUAUGAUCCCUUGGACAUUUGCGUGGAUAAACAGAUCUUUGAUUGUGUUAGUCAUGUGUACACUCACAAGGUGGAUUCUGAAAUCAAGCCUGUAACAAAUCAGAAAAAUUCUGGUAGAUGUUGGCUGUUUGCAGCUCUUAAUGUGCUGAGAAUCCCUUUUGUAAAACAGUAUCAGUUAGAAGAUUUUGAAUUUAGCCAGAGUUACCUCUUUUUCUGGGAAAAGGUUGAAAGAUGCAAUUAUUUCUUGCAUACUGCUGUGAGUGUGCUGCAAAGAGGGGAACCAGUAACUGGUCGUCUUAUGUCUUUCCUUUUAAGUGAUCCAAUAUCCGAUGGUGGUCAGUGGGAUAUGUUAGUGAAUAUAGUGACGCGAUAUGGUGUUGUUCCUAAGAAAUGUUUUCCUGAAACGUUCUGCUGUGAAACAACAGGGCGAAUGAAUGGUAUUUUGAAAUCAAAGCUUCGGGAAUAUACAAAAGAUUUGCAUUUAAUGAUUCAGAAGAAUAGUAGUGAAGAUAAGAUAGAAGAGAAAAUUAUGACCUACAUGGAAGAGCUAUAUCGCAUUAUUGCAAUAUGUUUAGGAGUUCCACCUGAAACUAUCACAUGGGAAUAUUAUAACAAGAACAAAGUUUAUGGUGUUAUUGGGCCAGUUACUCCUCUUAAAUUUUAUGAAGAACAUGUCAAGCCAUAUUGUAAUGUUGAAGAUAAGGUGUGUUUCGUAAAUGAUCCCAGACCUGAAAAUCCUUUUGGUCAAACAUAUACUGUAGAUUGUUUGGGAAAUAUGGUUGGAGGUCGUAGGACGCUGUAUAUUAAUCUGAAAGUAGAUCAGUUAUUGAAGUUUGCUGCAGAAUCAAUAAAAAAUAAUGAGCCAGUGUGGUUUGGUUGUGAUGUGGGAAAAGUUUUUUCUGGAAAACCAGGCAUUAGUGAUCUUAAAAUCCACAAUUACAAAGUGCUGUUUGGUGUUGAUCUCCAUAAAUCACUCUCAAAAGCAGAUAGAUUAACAUAUGGAGAUUCUGCUAUGAACCAUGCUAUGGUAUUUACUGCUGUGUCAUUGGAUGCUAAUGGAGACCCAACAAAAUGGAGAGUGGAGAAUUCUUGGGGAGAUGACAGAGGAGAGAAAGGAUAUUUAAUGAUGACAACAGAGUGGUUUCAUGAAUUUGGAUAUGAAGUAGUUGUGGAUAAGCAGUAUGUUCCCAAGGACAUUUUGGAAAUACUUAAAAUUGAGCCAAGAGUUUUACCAGCUUGGGACCCCAUGGGUUCGCUUGCUCAAUGAUUCCAAUUUUAGUUUUAAUGCAAUACUUAAUAUCUGCUGGUAUUGUAAAUGAUAAAAUUGGCAGCAUUUCAAGCUGACAGAUUUAUCGAGUUCAUAAACAGUUGAAGUUAAACAUUUUUUUUUUUUUAAAUGCGAGUUUUUACUAAGAAUUUCACAAAAAGGCAAAUUAAUGAAAAACUGAUGAAAGGAAGCAAACAUAUGAGAAACAUCUGUUAAAAAAUAGUAAUCAUGGACUUUUCAGAUUUGUCAAGUCAUUAUAAAUUAUUUUAAAUAAAUCACAAAUGUCUUUUCAUUGAAUUUUUGUGGAUAUGUACUUAAUAUAUUUAAUUAUGAGUUUGUGAAAUAGUUUCUGCAUCUUAUUAAAAAUUGUGAAUAUUUUAUACAAUAACAAUGUAUGUGUAAAAGUUCAUGAAUGUUUCUACAGAGUGUUAUUGAUCUUACGAAGUAGUAAAUAGUUGUCAAAUUAAAAAAUUUUUCUGCUUAAAUAGCAAAUUAUGACAUUUAAUAACUCUGAGUGUCAUUAAUAUAAUUACUCUUUCUGCCAGAGCAAAUUACCAAAAUGUAAUCAAUGUACCAAAAUGCAAUCAAAGCAAUGAAAUCUUAAUGUAUGUCUUUUUUAAAAAUAAUAAACAAUUCCAGCACAGUGUUGUA